AUGGAUGUGAUGGUGUAUUUUCCUCCUUUGAACCAGUAUCUGAAAACCAGGUUCAGAGGUGCUCGGGAUCUCCCCGUAUUGCAGAUUGGAGAUGGAACCAUUUCAGGAGGGGGACAGGAGUGUUGCUAUGAUAGUAAUGGAAUGAUCAUCGAUGUUGCUGAUUUCUUGGGAGGAGGCUACAGUCACCAAUAUCACCAUGCAGGAGUUUUCCCAUAUUGUCAACCUAACAAAGUACCCUAUCUGUCGCACUACCUCGCAGACGUAUUGCCAUGGACGUUCUGUUGUCGUUUUAAUCAAAGUCAGUGUGGAUCGUAUGGACUAUACCGACCGUCAAAGACCUGCGAAGACUAUGCACCACCAACACCAGCUCUAGGCAAUGGUGACCCCCACAUUUCAACGCUGGAUUCCACGACCUAUACUUUUAACGGUUAUGGUGAAUUCACUCUGCUGACUGCACUGAAUGGCGCGUUCGUCUUGCAAUCAAGAGCUGCACCUCUCGACGGUGUUGCCAACGCAACUGUGUUUGUUGCCAUAGCAGCACGCUUUGAUGAUAGUGACGUCAUCCAUGUUCAAAUCGAUGAACGCAGAGUUCUUGAUGCGUAUGUACGAAAAGAUGGAGACGCAGAACGCUUCACGAGAAUUGAUUUUGACCAAGCUUCUCGAUGGUCAUUUACAGGUGUCUCAGUAACUGGUCGUAAUAUAUCCGAAAAUGGGAUAAUUCUAGCCUUCGACCGCGGAGUUGGACUGACUUUGAAAGCCUCUGAGGGGGCCAUGAGCAUUUUUCUCGUUGCGCCAGACUCCUUCCUGGGUCAAACGCAAGGGCUUAUGGGAACAUGGAAUGGUAUAUCCGGUGACGAUUUCCAGACCCCACAAGGAAACGUCCUUUCACCCGACUUGACUACUGAGGAAUUGCAUUUCCAGUUUGGACUGCUAUGGGGAAUCGAUGCAGUGCAAUCGUUGUUCUACUACGAAUUGGGAAUGGAUCAUGACUUUCACACCAGGCGAUCCUAUCGGCCUGUCUUUCAACCUCCCAUCAAUCCUUUGGUCAACCAAAGUCUAGUAGUAGAAGUCUGCGGUACCAACCAGUUCUGUAUCUUCGACUUCCAGGCAACAGGUUCUCAAAGUUUUGCGCAAAAUUUUGUGGAUUCAUUUUCAACGUAUCAGCAGGCAGUCGAAAGCAGAGCUGAGCUUGUGGGUUGUCCACCUGCCCCCAUCCCCACUAACGGAAGUGUUACCGUAACGACAUACAUGCCAGGCGGCGUAGCUACAUUUGAGUGCAAUGCCGGAUUUGAACUGAGUCACGUGGUCACGUUAACGUGCCAAUCAAAUGGAGUAUGGAGUGAUGGCAUUAUUCCGACGUGCGAUGCAAAGGUGGUCGCUCCAGAUAGAGACCAAAGAGGUCUGCCGCUGCCCGUGGUCAUUGGAAUAACUAUCGGACUGUCAUUGAUUCUCCUCAUACUCGUCAUUGUAAUUAUCACCGUUGUGAUUAGCAAAUCAAAGACGCAGAAGGAAAGGAGGAGCCCAGGCCAAGCUGCUGAAAUUCACGAUAAUCCUGCAUACAGUACGAACAUGUAGGAUGUACAUCAAUGGGAGCAUUUCAUGAAAUUAAAAUGAAUAGUGGGUGAUUUUCACUGACUAUUGUUAUAAGCUAGUAAAACCCCUGCAUCUGAUUGGCUCAGGGUAAGUUUGUCAGUGAAAAUCAUUGACCAGAUGCGUAAUGAAACGCUUCCCAUGUUGACAAUUUUCUUACAGUCAGACCAAAGACAUGAAAGAAGAUAUGUCAGUUCUUACAACGCAAAAUAGUUUUGAUCGGGCAGGAGUAGGAAUCGUCAAACGUAGGUGUGCCUGCGACAAAGGCCGGCAAAGAAAACCGAAAUGGCAUAAAGACAAAAUAAUCUUCUUCAUUCUUUUUAAGUCGAUCAAAUAUUUUGAAUUUUGUUUAUGUUUAAUCUCUUUACCCAGGUUGUAUCCUUUUACGGAUGUAUUUGAUUGUUUCCCUUUUACUGAAUAUGUGUGAUUUGAUGUGUGCAUGUAUAAUGUUCUAAUAUCGAUAUAGUCAUAGUCAUUAUAGUAUAGCUGUGUUAGUAAGUUUGUGUACGAAAACCGAUUUCAUGUAGCUUAUGUGAAGAAGCGUAUAAAUGUUUGAAUUCCUGAUAUUUUAAAAACUUGUUAUGAUGUCAUCAAUAACUCAUGGCAAUCUCGGAUCUUUCGAAAAAAAGAAGAAAUACAAAAUGCAUACAUAAUUAUGACUGAUGCACUGGUAAUGAAUUGCGAUAAUGUGUUCAUGACUAAAUCUCCGUCAAAGACCCAGACCGGGCCAAAAAGUGAAAUUGACAAAUCAAAUACCAAUCGAAAGCUUUUUUUACAACUAAACAUAGAAAUGCAACCUUUAUGCAUUUCCACCGCUUACCGGGUGAGUAUUUUGCUUAAGAAUAGAUGCAAUUGCCAGGUCUCGAAAAUAGGCUUUCUUGUCCUUUUCACCGGCCUCAAGAGCGUUACGUCAUGUUAGACGAGUUGUGAUUCCAUUGGUUUGUACACAGAAAGGGUAAUUUUUCUGCCUAUCGACAGAUUACGCAUUUCAUUUUCUUCACUUCAAUCACGUACAUUAUGGUACAUGAAUAAUAAAUAUAUAUUCCUGCAAGCUUGAAUUGAUGAAAUCUAGAGCUCUUGACUAGAUUUUGCCAUAUUAUGUUUCCCGCGUAUUUGACGUAGCUUCCAAUCCUACCUUCAUUCAGAUUAUGUGUAACAAUUUUUCCUGACGUAGCAAUUUAGGCCAAAUAAGAGCCAAACGAAAAAAUAAAACAAUAAAACAUUUGAGCACUGGAUAUCCGUUUUUUCGUCUGGAAAUUGAAAGGAAAUUGAAAAAAAAAAUCGAAUUCAUAAUCUGAAAAGCAGAAAAGUCAUCCUGUUGUUCUGUGAACAACCCUACAUGCCCGAUGGAAUCGCAAUGCCUCUAGCACAACGUGACAAUCACGGUCGUGAAAUCGGUGAAUAGUACAAGAAAGCCAAUAAUUAUUGUCGAAACCUGUUCAUUUUAGUUUUUCUAAAGCAAAAUAUUCACAUAUCGAGCAGUGAAUAGAGCAUAAGACCUAUAUAGAGCAAACGUGACUGAGAUAUAACGGAGAAUAUAAAAUGUUGACGUUAAAAGGCAGGCACAUGUGUCCCUUUAGUCGUCGUGGAUAAGGAGGAAAAUGAAAACAAUUUUAGUCUACCUCUUGUGUACGCACCAAACUACAGGCUUGAGGCCGGCGUCGGAGGCGGCUUCAUACCCGACGCAUGUGUAAAUUGGGCCUAAGUCCUUAAAGGAGAAUGAAACCCUUGAAACCAGCUGAAUCCAUAUC